AUGGAGGUGCGAUUGGAGGAAGCGCUUGAUCUAGUCGGUCAUAGCCGACACAAUGUGCUAAUAUUGAUUGUGAGCAGUACAGUACAUUUGGCAGCCGUCUUAGAUCUACUUGGGUUUUGUGUGCUAGUACCAGCGGCUAGUUGCGAUUUGAAACUUGACUUGAUGGAGAUUGGAAUGUUAACUUCAGUUCCUUUUGCUGGUUACUUGUCAGCAUUACCUUGGGGCUACUACGCAGAUACCCAGGGCCGACGAAAAGCAAUAAUCGUAUCUACAAUAGUAGGAUCAGCUUUAGCUAUUGUUACCAGUUUCUCAUCAUCAUUUGAAAUGAUGCUUAUUUUAAAACUAAUUGGAUGCAGUUUCUCAACUGCAUCCAUAACUCUUACUAUAACAUAUCUCGGGGAAUGCACCGGAAGCAGACACAGGAACAAAUACAUCUUCAUUAUGAACAGUUUCAACCUUGCCUCUGAUUUUACAUGCUACGCUUUAGCCUACGGUAUUCUUCGUCUGGAAUUUAACAUCGCCAUUCCGUGGCUUUCCAUUACGUACCGUCCAUGGCGACUGCUUGCUUUGGUCAUGGCGUUGAUGCUGGCGGUAGGGGCUGUGAUGAUGCUGUGCCUUCACGAGAGCCCAAAGUUUUUGGCCAACCGAGGACAUGUAGACAAAGCAUUAUCUGUGUUGAAGAGUUCUUACGGUCUCAAAGGAAAUGACGCAGAUUAUCUAAGAUCUUUGAUGACAAUCGACCACGUAGCCCUGAGUUUAAAGCCAACCUUCUGGAGUUCGGUUGUAGCACAGACGAUACCGAUAUUCAAGCCUCCUUUAGUUUUGAAGACACUUCAACUUUUCUUCUUAAUGUCAGUCUGCUUAAGCACCAACAACGUUUUCUUCAUGUGGUUUCCAACGAUGGUGAAUUCAUUCUACUCAUCAAUGUCCGACACUCAAUCGGGCUUCUGCGAGAAAAUUAUAUCAAACCUUACGAAUGAGAUAUCUGAAGACGUAAUCUGUGAUGAUACAGUGGCAAACAACACCAUCUAUUCGGGGAUGGCUUUCAGCGUUUUCUUUACUUUAGUCAAUUUCUUGACCUCGAGACUGGCUAAAUGGAGGAAAAUUGUCUUGCUCUCGACACUUACAAUAUCAGGGAUAAGUGCAGUAUUAGUUGAUAUCAUACACCAGCCUAUAGUGAGCAUGAUGCUCUUUAUAUUUAUUCAGCUCUCUGGUAUACUGACUGGAAACGUAGCUUCUUAUUUCGUUGAUUUGUAUCCGACUUCUUAUAGGGGUCUAGGUACAAGUCUUGGCUUGAUGUGUGCAAGGAUGACGUGCCUAGCCGGGGUCAACAUUGUUGGAGGCACAAUAGUUAGCCAUUGCAGCAUGACGUUCUUUGGAUGGGCCGUUUUCGUACUCUGUGGUAUAGCGGUCGCUUGGUUUCUGCCGUCCGACAAAAAAUGAAUCGAAUUAAUUAAUGG